AACUCUUCGAAAGUUGUUCACGGACAUGGUUAAAUUUCUCUUCACCAAAGAAUGCUGACGAAGCUACGUGCGAAGCUCUGCUGUUCCCAGGCUGAUGGUGACGCUGACGAGGCCGAACCUGCCAUUCCCCAUGCGAAACACUCGAAUGAUGGAGGAAACACCACACCUGCCAAAAGAAGCAAUUCUGAGGCUGCUAGCACUCCGCCAGAUCACGCCGCUGCCUCACCUAAGGAUCUCUGGCAAGUAGCAUUUGACAACCUAGACCCGAAACAAAAACACUGGUUGUCUAAAGAGGAGAAGACGCCGACCGAAAUCAUUCGGGAUGUCAUUGGCGAGACAAAAAGUAAAUAUACCGAGUAUAAGAAGAAAGAGUUGACCAUCCGAAGACAUAAUGGGGGUGAGAUCAAAGUCCGCGAAAUCGCUCAAAAUAUCCUGGCGUCCGCAUUGAAUGCGCAGCAGAUAAUCACUGCGGUUGCGAGCUUCGACCCAAGUGGACACGCGUCAAGCGCAUGGACGAUAGUAUCGCUAGGUUUGACGAUGGUCCAGAGAGAUAUUGCGCGCAGAGAUGUAAUCAUAGAAGCCUCCGAAUACUUGGCGGAACAGCUAGCAUACUUCACUGUCCUAGAUAGCGACCGCCGAUACACAAAGGCUUCCGUGGACAAGCAGCUAGAUGGUGCUCUUGUGGGAGUCUAUACAGCAAUACUUGAAUACACGGCGGAAGUGAGAAAAAAAUAUCACGAAAGCGGCUUUGCUCGCAUAGGAAGCACACUCAUUCCCCUUACCGAACAGCCACUGCAAAAGCUUCGCACAGCUGUGGAAAAUAAAACUAUAGUGGCUGACAAAUGGGCUACCAUCACCGAUCGCACAUAUCUGAGGGGACAGGCUGCGGACAUCCUUACGGCUAUUGACAAGACGGUCGAGGAGCUCCAGAAACUUCAUUCCACUGUACUAAGUGUCGAGGAUAAAGGAAUACUUGAAUGGCUAUCUCAGUACGACUUUUCCAAAGCACAGAACGACACUCAGUAUCACAGAUCACCAGGGACAGGUGAUUGGCUUUUGAAUUCAAAAGAAUAUGUGAGGUGGAAGAACUGCCCAGGUAGUAUAUUAUGGUUACAUGGAGUGGCGGGUUGUGGUAAAUCAGUCAUGUGCUCGACAAUCAUCGAAGACAUCCAACGAAUUUGUAUAGAUGGUUCGAACACGCGGUUCGCUUACUGGUAUUUCCAAUUCAAUGAUCCGUCAUCACAAAGAGUUGAGAAUAUGCUCAGGACGAUCAUCCGUCAGCUUCAUUCGACUCCACUCGACGAGCCUAUCCGGAAUCUUUGGAGCGACUAUGGUACCAAAGGAAGCAAUCCAAGCAGUACAAGGCUUCAGGAGACUCUUGAAAUACUGCUUGCUGCCAACAAAGGGAAAAUUUUCCUAAUUUUAGAUGCGCUGGACGAGUGCCCCGAGGCAGUCAAUCGCAAGGAAAGGAGUCUUCUGUUGCCACUGCUUACUGGACUUCAGAAGAAAUACAGUGAUAAAAUUCAUAUCCUUGUGACUAGUCGACCAGAGCCAGAUAUAGUUGAUCACCUCGUGGAAUGUACAGCCUUAGACAUCGAGGGAAAACAGGGGUCUGAUAUUUCGGCCUUCGUCAAGGACAGGGUUGAGGCUCUGGACGACAGGAGAGCUCCAAAGGAAGUGAAAGCACAGAUAAUUCAGGAACUGCUACAAGAUGAGAAAAGGCGAUUUCGCUGGGCAGACCUUCAACUGAAGCGUCUCGAAGAAUGUCGCAACAAGUCGCAAAUCAUAGAAGCAUUGAGAACAAUGCCACAGACGUUGCACGACAUAUAUACUUCUGUAAUAGAAAGAAUCAACACGAAACCCUCCGAUGUUAUAUAUGCCGAAACAAUCCUCACCUGGCUCUGUUUCAGUGUCAGACCUCUCACCCUGACUGAAGUAACAGCAGCAGCAGGUCUUGAGGUCCCAGAGGACGUGAUCAAAAUCUGCACGACUUCAUUCGUCACAUUUCGGCACUCGGAUAACGAGAUAAGAUUAGCUCACUUCUCCGUGAAGGAAUUCCUCGUGGGUAGCGCGAAUACUAGGCAAUGGCACCAAUUCUCCACCUUGCAUGGGCACGCCAUGCUAGCUGAGCACAGCCUGAGAUUACUCCUGCAAAAGACGAGGAGGCUGUCUAUACAGGAAGUGAAGCAAGAAGCGCUGCUAAACUAUGCUGCUCGUAACUGGCACGAGCACUUCAAUGCUUCUGCUGUUACCCCAAGCCCAGCACUCGAAAACCUCCAAGAGAUGGUGGAUAUGCUAUUUCGUCAAUCAACUGCCUACCGCAACUGGCGUUAUAUAACGACAGAUUUCACGGAGGGAGAUGUACAGCCAACCCCUAUCGGUAUCGCAUCGGGCUUAGGGCUCAUUCAAACUGUGAUUGGUUUACUAGAAGAAGGCGCGGACCCUUUAGAAUGCUUCGCAUAUCAGUUCAGAUGGGAUUUUACCCGGGCUGUAAAAAAUGCGUUACUGAUGGCUUCUGAAAGUGGGCAUCUGGACUUACUGGAUUUACUGCUGCACAAGGUGUGCGUGUCUAUUGAUUUAGCCGAGGGCAUAGUGAAAGGUGUUCGAUGCCAUGCUUCUGAAAGCGAGAAGCUGGAAGAUAUAUUUGACACAUUCUCAGCUUCAGGUGCUAUUUUCACUAGAACCGAGAACAAAGGACUUCAGAUAAAUGAGCGCGUUGUUGUCGCUGCGGCGAGGAACAUGGUUUGUGGCACGAAACUUGUGACCGUCCUCCUUGAUCAGUACGAAGAAACAGGAGUUGCGCUUGUGCCUGUGACAGAGAACGUAAUGGAAACGGUACUACAAAACAUGGCGUGUGGAGGCGAUAUUUUGCAGCUUCUUCUCCAAAGGCGAAAUGAUGAUGUCAAAAUCUAUUCAAGAAUCAAGGAGAUGCUGAAAUCCUCGGACUUUAUGAACGUGCGCGCAAUCGCAAUACUUCUUGCGCAACGGCGUGCAGAGAUUGUGAUAGAUGAGCAGUUCAUUGCUAAUUUUGCGAGAUACGCGGGUGACACUGAAAUGGAAAUACUCUUAAGUGUAUUGGACAACGAUUCGAUGCUGACCGAGAAUGUUCUGGCGAGCGCUGUUCAAAACCGUAGCGAUGUCUUGCGUCAGAUUCUCCGGCAUCGACGGCAUUGGCCACCAGUUAGCGAGGAUCUUCUGUGUGAAGCAGCGUGUAACGGAGAUAGCAAAAAGCUGGAAGCCUUGCUAGAUGAUCGUGGUCUGGAUUUUGCAAUGAGCGAAAGAGUCAUGCUGGAGAUUGUAGGCAACCUAUUUUAUGGAGCUGAAAUGCUCGAAAUGCUCCUGCGCAGGCAGCAAGCAGGAUUUAUCGUUACUCCCGCAAUACUGGACACGGCAGCCUCCCAAGCAAAGACUAAACAUGCUGUUGAAUUACUUAUGAACAACGGAGGCUUGAAAAUUCCAAUCACUGAAGGCAUGAUGCUCAGAAUUUUUUGUGAUGACUUGCUGUGCUAUCUCCUGGAUCUUGAAGAAAGGUCCCAGAUACAUCCUCUUCCUAUCACAGAAAGGUUCAUAUUGCAUGCUGUGAAAACCUUUGAGUCUGCCACUCUGAAGGCAAUUUUCCGCAGCAGACCAAAGAUCCACGUGAGCGAAGAUGUAUUUGUCGAAUCAUGCCGUGGCGAAAUGUCGACUUUAAAGGUUUUGAUGGAACAACCGCAUAGCCAAUUGCCAGUGACGAGGAUGGUCGAAGCUCUAGAAAUAGAAGAUGGUCAAAGGCCAACAGAGAUACUUGAGUUUCUGUUGAAUGAGAGGUCCUUUGAAGUUGACCAUGGGAUUAUAGAAAGAUUUGCACAUAAUACCUCCGCGUUGGAACUCCUGCUGCAGACAACACCCCGUGUACCCAUCACAGAGCAAGCCGCCAUCCGAGCAGCUUCCGGUUGGGGCGAGGACCAUCCAUUUUGCGUUCUGCUCAAUGAGCGAAUAGAUGAUGUUCCAAUCUCAGAAGGAGUCAUGACUGCUGUGGUAAGAGGAUAUCGUCGAGUUGAAAUUUUGCGACGUAUUUUGGCACAUCAUGGCCCAGAGGUACCGAUCACAAAGAAGGUUAUAGUGGCAGCCUCGACCACAUUAGAAGCUUUACAACUUCUGCUUCAAGCACUAGGGCCCGAGACACCUCCUAUGAUAACCGAGGAAGUUGUUGUGGGUGCCACUUAUGCAGAUUUGUCCGCAUUGCCGUGGUUGCUUGAGAAGUAUGGCUCGGCUGUACCACUUACCGAAAGAGUCAUGGUUUCUGCCGCUGCAAACGGCCUUGACGGGCUACAGUGGCUCCUCCGUGAAUGGCCUGGCAUUAUAGACCUUAACCACAUUUGGAGAGCGAUCUGGAAGUUUGAUCAUGACUUCUGUAAUUUCUCCUAUGGUGGGGUAGAUUUCGAAUUGCCAUGGGUUCAGGUGAGGGCUGGUCGGCAUGUUGUUCAGUAUUCUAAAGCAGUCGAUCUCUCGGAGGAUGUCUUUCUGGAUGCCCUGGCCUCAUCUGCUUUUGAUGAAAAGUUAAAUGGGUACAGUGGCUUGGUUCCUCUGAUUUAUAUAUGUCUCGAAGGGAGGCUACCUGUUUCCGAACCAGAUCGGUUGGUAAAGGCAGUGAUGGAUAAUUGCGAUGCUGAUCUUAUCAAGGCUAUCCGUAAGCUUGUCGAGGGGUUUGAGUUGAGAGCCGAACUCAUUGAAGGGGGGUUCGGGGAAUUGUUGUUAUCGCGCAUUAGAGAGAAACAUGGCAUAUCGGCGCCUGAGCAGUAA